AUGGUAAAGGCAGCGGAGAAGUAUGGGGCGCGAUGCGCGGUCCGCAACCCGACGACGCUGCUCAGGCAGGCCCUCCCCAUCUGGUACCACAUAGGCAAGACGGAUGGGCGAUGUGCGGCGAACUCGGCGGCGGCGAAAUGCCUCCGCCUAAACCACGGGGUGAUAACAACGGCACAAUGUCAGACUGUGGCGAGCAGAGUAACGAGAGAGGGAUCUGAGCACCUCGCACGCACCUCUUGCGAAUGCGCUGAGUGUGUCGAGGACAGGACUGUCCGCUCCUGCGCGAACCCGCACCGGUGUGCUGCUGCCGCGGCCAGACUAGUGGAAAAGCUGAAGGACCUGUGGAGGCCCAACCGGCCUGCGAACGCGGACGGUCUGACCUUGACUAGGAGACGUAUCCGCCAGAAUCAGACCGCACGCGCGGCGCAUGAUCGAAUCGCCUUCAACCCGUCUGUUGCAAACGGAACGCCACUGGCAACGGCUUUCCGGGUCUUCGUACGCGGUGGGGAAACGGGUACCCCCCCCGCGCUAAGGCCUCCUAGGCCCUACCAAGUGCAGGGGGAGGAGGUCGAAGUCUUCACGGACGGCUCCUGCGUGAAGAACGGAUCCGCGGAUGCCGCGGCGGGAAGCGGCGUCUGGUUCGGUGACGGGGACCGGAGAAACGAGGGUGUCCGUGUGCCCUACGACGAGCAAUCGAACCAGGUUGCUGAAAUGUACGCUGUCGCGGUGGCGCACCGUAAGGUGCCGCCGUUCACCCCCAUGCACGUCGUAAGUGAC